AUGGACGAGAAGCCGUCCGCCAGGAGAGGCCCGGACUUCUGCUCCUUGCGCUACGGGCUGGCGGUGGUCAUGCACCUCUCCAACCUCAGCAUGAUCACCCAGCGCGUCAGCCUCAGCAUCGCCAUCAUUGCCAUGGUCAACAGCACCCAGCAGCCCGCCCCGGCCAACGCCUCCGCGGACGGCCCCCUCCAGGACCCCAGCGGGCCCAGCGGGGAAUUCCACGCAGGGACCUCCGUCUACGCAUGGAGCCCCGAGACCCAGGGCCUCCUCUUCAGCUCCAUCAGCUACGGGAUUUUGCUGACUCUGAUCCCCAGCGGAUACCUGGCGGGGAUAUUUGGCGCCAAGCACAUGCUGGGGGCGGGGCUGCUGGCCUCCUCCCUGCUCAGCCUCUGCACGCCGCUGGCCGCUGACCUGGGUGUGAGCUUGGUGAUGGUGAUUCGCGUCGCCCAGGGCAUGGCCCAGAGCGGGGUCCUGUCCUCCCUGCCCUUCCUGGCUGCCUCCACGUGCACGGUCCUGGGGGGCCAGCUGGCCGACUUCCUUCUGUCCAGGGACCUCCUGGGGCUCCUCACCGUCCGGAAGCUCUUCUCGGCCCUGGGCCUCCUGCUCCCGUCGCUCUGCGCCGUGGCCCUGCCCUUCGUGGCUUCCAGUUACGUAACCACCGUGGUUUUGCUGAUCCUCAUUCCCGGGACCAGCAACCUGUGCGACUCGGGGUUCAUCAUCAACACCUUGGACAUCGCCCCCAGGAUCAGUCUGGGCACCGAGUGCCUGCCGCUGGCUCAGCAGUUCGGGUCACCGCCCCACGAUGUGUACCUCCCUCGCUUGUCCUCUCAUCUCAGCCUUCGCUCCCCCACCCGGGACUCCCGGCAGCUCACGAGGACGGAGAGCAGACCCUUCGGCGAGAGGAGCAGGAGCUGGACCGCCGUGAAGCAGAUGGACGACGGGUCCCGGUCCAGGAGAGUGUCCGGCUUCUGUUCCCUCCGCUGCGGGCUGGCUCUCCUCCUGCAUUUCUGCAACGUCUCCAUGAUGUCCCAGCGCGCCUGUCUCAGCCUCACCAUGGUCGCCAUGGUGAACGGCACGGGCCCCCAGGGCUCGCCCAACACCUCCGCCCCGGAGCCCCUGGACGACGUCAAGAACCCCGUGUACAACUGGAGCCCCCAAACCCAGGGCAUCAUCUUAAGCUCCGUCACGUACGGGAUGCUCAUCACCCAAGUGCCCGUGGGGUAUCUGUCCGGAAUCUACCCCGUGAAGAACAUGGUCGGCUCUGCCUUGCUCCUCAGCUCCCUGCUCAGCCUGCUCACGCCGCUGGCGGCCGGGGUCGGGGAGUCCGCGGUCAUCGCCUGCCGCGUGGCCCAGGGGCUCAGCCAGGGGACGGUGCUGGUGGCUCAGCACACGGUCUGGACCAAGUGGGCGCCUCCGCAGGAACGAGGCCGGCUGACCUCUCUGAGUCUCUCAGGGCUGAUGCUGGGACCCUCCGUGGCCCUGUGUGUGACGGGGCUCAUCUGCCAGGCCCUGGGCUGGCCCAUGGUCUUCUACAUCUUCGGUGAGUCUCCUGUGAGCCCCUGUCCUUGUUCAGCCUUUAAGACAAAGUUAAGAAGAAGAACGGGAGAAGAUUUGGUUUUGGGUGGUGAUCUGCUCAAGCUCCACGUUAACGUGAGAGAGAACGGGCUGCUGUCCGCCCUCCCCCAUCUGUGCUGCUGGCUCUUGGGCAUCCUCGCGGGGCACGUGUCCGACGGCUUCCUGUCCAGGAAGAUGCUCAGCUUGCUCGCCGUCCGGAAGCUCUUCACCGCCCUGGGCCUCCUCCUGCCCGCCGUCUUCGUGGUGGGCCUGCUCUACCUGGGUCCCGGCUUCCACGGCACCGUCGCGUGCCUCACGCUGGCCAGCGCCACACUGGGCUUCUGCGUCGCCGGGAUGGUGAUCAACCCCUUGGACAUCGCCCCCAGAUAUUACGGGUUUCUGAAAGGAGUCACGGUUCUCAUUGGAAUGACGGGGGGGCUCAUUUCGUCCACUCUGGCUGGGAUAAUCCUCAAUCAGGACCCGGAGGCCGCCUGGUCUGCCAUCUUCUUCCUGGUGGCGGCCGUCAACGUGAGCAGCCUCCUCUUCUACCUGGUCUUCGCCGCGGCCGACGUGCAGGCCUGGGCCCAGGAGAAGCAGCUCACCCGGCUCUGA